UCUGUCUCCCCCACCCUCCUAGUUCCUCCUCUCGCUCACACCCACCCCGCUCUCUAAUUGGAUUUCAUUACUGGUUCCUUUCAGUUUUUCCCUGCUGGACUUUGUCGUCGGGUCGGACAGCUCUCAGGGAUUUUCUUCCCCCUUUUUUUUUCGACACGCACAAACAUCAGAGGCAGCUCUCGGAGACCUCACAUCAACUGCCCUGACACUGCAAUGGCCUCGCCCAGACUUCCACCUCUGCUGCCCUCCCUCCUCCUCUUCCUCCUCUUCCUCCUCAUCCAAGUCUCCACCCAGCUGGAAGACAAUAAGAUCCCCCCCAGUCUGUGCACGGGCCACCCAGGGAUCCCCGGCGCUCCCGGAGGUCACGGCAGUCCCGGUCAGCCGGGGAGGGACGGCCGGGACGGGAGGGACGCCGCCCCGGAGAAAGGAGAGAAGGGCGAGCGAGGAGAAGCAGGUGAGACUGGAGUGCGAGGCUUCACCGGAGACCGGGGGGACCGGGGGGAGAAGGGGGAGCGGGGCCCGUCGGGGGAGUGCGCCGUGGCUCCGAAGUCGGCCUUCAGCGUCAAGCUGUCCCAGCAGGGCCUGACUCUGCCGCUGUCCGUGGGCGACGCCGUCCGCUUCGACACCGCCGUGAUCAACGAGCAGGCGGACUACAACACCGAAACGGGCCGCUUCACCUGCAAGGUCCCGGGGGUCUACUACUUCGCCGUGCACGCCACGGUGUACCGGGCCAGCCUGCAGUUCGACCUGAUGAAGAACGGCCACGCCGUGGCCUCGUACUUCCAGUUCUACGGGAACUGGCCCAAACCGGCGUCGCUGUCGGGCGGCUCCAUGCUCCACCUGGUGCCUGGAGACCAGGUGUGGGUCCAGAUGGCGCUGUCCGAGUACAACGGCUUCUACGCCAGCACCAAGACGGACAGCACCUUCAGCGGCUUCCUGGUGUACUCGGACUGGAAAAACUCUGCCGUGUUUGCAUGACGUGCGCUCAUGGAGAAAAGAAAGUCUGAUCCCCCCUGAGGAGGACAGAGCUAUUUCUGUAGCCUGUUUAGUUUCCUGGAUGGAGAAAACAAAGUCAGAUCCCC